AUAUUCAUUAUAGUUUCCAAUUUAAAAUAGUUUCCAAUUUAAAUCCAUUUGAUGUUAACUCUUCUCCCUCCUUAUAGUAUCCCCUAUUCAUGUAACUCACUAGCAUAAAUAGACACAAACCUCAUUAGAAAAAUUGCAAACCGCUUCCAUCAUCUAAAACCACCAUGAAAUCUAUCAUCAUAUUUGUUUCUCUAAUUCAUGUGCUUCUCAUGAUUCAUGUUCAUGGGAAGACAAUAGGGUUUGCAAAGAGUGGUUGUGAUUUGUUUCAAGGGAAAUGGGUUUAUGAUGAAUCAUAUCCUCUUUAUCAAACCUCACAGUGUCCCUUUAUAGAAAAAGAAUUUGAUUGUCAAAAUAAUGGUAGACCAGAUAAAUUCUAUCUCAAGUAUAGAUGGCAGCCCACAAAGUGUGACUUACCAAGAUUCAACGGUGAAGAUUUCUUAAGAAGAUAUAGAGGGAAAAGUAUUUUGUUUGUUGGGGACUCUUUGAGUUUGAAUCAAUGGCAAUCACUCACUUGCAUGCUCCACAUAGCUGUACCACAAGCUCAUUACACCUUAGUGAGGAUUGGUGAUCUCUCCAUUUUCACAUUCACUACUUAUGGUGUUAAGGUGAUGUUCUCACGCAAUGCGUUUCUGGUGGACAUUUUUAGUGAAAAUAUUGGUAGGGUCCUGAAAUUAGACUCUAUUCAAUCUGCCAGAAAUUGGAAAGGAAUUGAUGUGUUGAUAUUUGAUUCUUGGCAUUGGUGGCUUCACACAGGAAGAAAACAACCAUGGGAUUUAAUUCAGGAAGGGAAUAACACAUUCAGAGAUAUGGAUCGUUUGGUUGCAUAUGAGAAAGGAUUGAAAACAUGGGCCAAAUGGAUUGAUGACAAUGUUGACAUUACCAAAACAAAGGUCUUCUUCCAAGGAAUCUCUCCAGAUCAUCUAAACUCAAGGCAAUGGGGAGACCCAAAAGCAAACUUUUGUGAAGGACAAGAAAAACCAUUAUCAGGAUCUAUGUAUCCAGGAGGUCCAGUUCCAGCACAGUUGGCUUUAGAGAGAGUUAUAAGAGCCAUGAAAAAGCCUGUAUACUUGCUUGACAUUACCACUUUAUCACAGCUGAGAAAAGAUGGCCACCCAUCAGUUUAUGGACAUGGAGGACAUAGGGACAUGGAUUGCAGCCAUUGGUGCCUAGCUGGUGUUCCUGAUACUUGGAAUCAGCUUUUAUAUGCAAGUCUAAUUUAAAAUUGAUUAAUGCCUAUUCUCAAAAGAGAAAAUAUAUCCUUAGUAAACAUGUAUAUUUUCAUUUGUAAAGGAUGAUGGAAUAAGGUAUCUCAUUACAUAAUCUAAAUGUGAUUUUUAUUUGAUCUAUAUAUAGGAUGAAAUUGCUCUUAUCUAAUAUAUUUGAUCAAAUUUUAGGUUGAAUUUACAAAAUGUUAUACUCAAAAUUGAAGAUUAUAUGAGAAUCUCUCUACUUUUUUAUUCA